AAUUCUGACAAGGUUUUUGCAUGUGGCUAGGGUUUUCUACUAGUUCUUAAGGAUUUAUGUGGUUGUUGGUUUUUUUUUUGUAUAAAAAAGUGAACAAUUUACAAAGUUUUCGCAAUAGGGCACAUUACAAAACUACGAAAUUCAGACGGUCGUCAGCAGUUGCAGGAUCUGUCGAAGAAAUAUUGAAUUCUCACUCUUACUCUCUCAGUCAAGGCAAUUGCAUUAGAGAAAGAGCAAGAGAAACCACACCCUGAAUGUACGCUUCUGCGGCAGCCAAUGAACGAACUCAAAUAUAAGAGGGAUGAUCAGCAAUUGUUAGCAUGAAUGGCAGUGCACGUAUAAUGCGUAGAUAUCCAUAAAGGAUAUUUUUGGCAGCACGGCUGGGACUAUUAAAGCAGGAGGAAAACUGUAAGAAAGCAUCACAACCAGUCGAGAUCUCGUUCGCAAUAGUCGUCCAAAAGUGUAUGAGUGCAUUGAAGACGAUCGCGUUAGUUUAGUGCAAGAUUGAAAAAAAAAGAAAAAAUAUUAAUAAUUGUUAUAAAAACAACAAAGACUAUACAAUAUAUAUAUUUAUAUAUAAGAGUUAUAUGAAAUUUGAAAACUGUUUUUGAAAGCAACAAAGAAAAUUGCAAAGACUUUACAAGUGAUUAAACAAUACUAAGUUGUUCCAAGUGGUGCCAGCACACGGCUGAAAAAAAUGAGUUCCGCCGAGGUAUCACCGGAAUCUGCGGAAAACAAAUACAAUCCAGCGCGCUUGUCACCAGCUGCUUCAAGCCGUAUACUCUAUCAUGUGCCUUGCAAAGUUUGUCGUGACCAUAGCUCCGGUAAGCAUUACGGCAUCUACGCUUGCGAUGGUUGUGCUGGAUUCUUUAAGCGUUCCAUACGACGCUCCCGACAAUAUGUUUGCAAAUCGCAGAAGCAAGGAGUUUGCGUGGUCGACAAAACCCACCGCAAUCAAUGUCGCGCCUGUCGUUUGCGCAAAUGCUUCGAAGUUGGCAUGAAUAAGGAUGCGGUACAACAUGAACGCGGACCGCGCAACUCCACAUUGCGUCGGCAAAUGGCAUUAUACAAGGAGGUCGUUAUGGGUUCGGGCGAUAUGCCAUCAGAUCUGAUGAUAAGUCAUAGUAUAUUUAACGGGUUUCCGAUGGGACCUAUGCUAAUACCGAGUGUGCCGCCACCACCACCAGCACCGCCACGACAUCAUCCACACCCAGCUUUGGGCAAUCCUUUCCAGCCGCCUAUGGUAUUGGAUCUAUCCGUCUCACGUGUAGCAGCACAUCAUGCGAUGCAUCAAAAUCCGUUCGGGUUUUUUCCGCAAAAUACGCCAUUCAUUAAUCAUCGCUCCUUACCACCGACGCCGCCGUUGAUGGCUGCGGAAAAUUUAAAAGAGACUGCCGCAGAGCAUCUCUUCAAGAAUGUCAAUUGGAUUAAGAGUGUAGAAGCUUUCCAGCAAUUACCAUUGCCCGAUCAAUUACAAUUGUUGGAGGAAUCAUGGAAAGAGUUUUUUAUACUAGCAAUGGCCCAGCAUCUCAUGCCGAUAAAUUUUCAACAAUUGCUCUUCAUCUAUGAAUCGGAGAAUAUGAAUCGCGAAGUGGUUAAUAUGGUGAAAUGCGAAGUGCACUUCUUUCAAGAUGUACUCAAUAAAAUCUGUCAUCUCAAUAUCGAUGUCAAUGAGUAUGAGUGCUUACGUGCGAUCACGCUCUUCCGUCGACCAAGCGGGAGCGACGAUGCUGCUAACAAUUCUUUUGGAACUGGCGAAAGCAGCAGCCCAAAUUCCAGUACGUCCGGCGAUUCACGUGGCCUCGUCGAAUCGACCAAGAUAUCCACUUUGUACGAGGAGGCACGCAAUACACUACAAGCCUACGUGAUGCGUACACAACCGACGCAACCGUUACGUUUUCAGGCACUGGUCGGUAUAUUGCCACUGCUCAGCAAAGUGUCGGGAUUCACUAUCGAGGAGUUAUUCUUCAGAAAGACAAUUGGCGAAGUCAAUAUCGUCCGGCUAAUUUCCGAUAUGUACAGUCAGCGCAAGAUUUAAAAUCAUUGCGUUCGAGAGUGCUGGGAAGAAUCACGAACACAAACGCAACCGCUAAUAUACUGACGCAAUACGUUGCCGUAGAGUUGCGCGCGGGAUCGCUUAAUUGGAUUUACAGCCUUAACGGGCGCUCGUUUAGAAAAAGUGCUUUCGCACUCCAAGUGCCUUGCUAUAUAAAAAGUGCUGGAAACUGUGAUAUGCUCUCGUACUUUAGAGGCGAAAGCUCCUGUCUGCUUAAUAAUAAUAAUAAUUAUGUUAGUAAAUUUAGUUGUAAACAUCUGUUGAAGACAAACAAGAUGAUAUCUUAUCAAAUUAACGCAUAUACAGUGCAUUCGAAUAAUAAUCAUAUAAAUAUAUGUGAGGAAUUCGUUUCUCGCCCACACUGAAGGGCUUUCAAACUAUCACCCAAAAUGGUGAAAUUUAAUUAAAAUCAUUUUUUAUGUAUUCAGACAAUUUUACUCAACUUUUUUAUUUGCCUUUCCGAUUGGAUUUUAAAAAUAUGUGUACAAUAUGUAUUUUGUAUUUGAAUCAUAAUCGUGAAAGUAUUAUUUAUUAUUUUUCUUUUUGGUUUGUAUUUGAGCAGAAUUCGCCUAAAUUUGUUUGUUUAUUUAUUUAUUUUAUUCUUAGUAAUUUAAUCAAUUGUACUGUCAUGCAUUGCUUAGAAAAACGUUGAACAAAAUGCAAAUAAUAUUAAUAAGAAUUGAAAACUAUUUAUUACAAGAAAUGAGCAU